CCUCCUGUCCUGCUUGAGCUCGCUGUCCGGCCCUUCCCGGCCUGCCAGGAUUGCCGUCUCGGUCGUGCUGUCCUGCCGGGUCACUGUCCCGGUCCUCCCGUCCUGCUGGGGUCACUGUCUGGGUCCUCCCAUCCUGCCAGGGUUUCUGGCUCGUCCUCCCGUCCUGUUGGGGCCGCUGUUCCCGGUCCUCCCGUCCUGACGGGGCCGCUGACAGGUUCCUUUCGUCUAGCCAGGCUCGCUGUCUCCCAGGGUCGCUAUCUGGGUCCUCCCGUCCUGCCGGGGUCGCUGUUCCCGGUCCUGCCGGGGUCGCUAUCUGGGUCCUCCCGGGGUCGCUAUCUGGGUCCUCCCGUCCUGCCGGGGUCGCUGUUCCCGGUCCUCCCAUCCACCCGGGGUCGCUGUUGCGGGACUGCGGUAGUGGGUGCUGAUUGGUGGCCAUGGCCAUGGCUAUGGUGGUAGGAGAGACGGAGGGCUCCGGUUUACGGCUGGUUUCCUGGAACGUGAACGGGAUCCGGGCGCGGGGUAAGCGGCUGCAGUCUCUGCUGCAGCGACUCGGAGCUGAAAUCAUUUGCCUCCAGGAGACCCGAGUAACACGUGAGUUACUGGAUGAACCAACUGCCAUUGUUGACGGUUUCAACUCGUAUUUCAGCUACAGCCGUCAUCGACGUGGAUACUCAGGUGUUGCUACCUUUUGUACAGACAAUGCUGUGCCAUUUGCUGCAGAAGAAGGUCUGUCAGGAAUCUUGGCCAAUCCUGCUUCAAAUGCCCUGGAAGGAUUUUCAGAUAAGGAAUUGAAAGAGUUGGAUAGUGAAGGCCGAGCUUUGAUCACAAAACAUCGAGUCAGAACAUGUGAGGAGAAGGAAAGAAUGUUGACAGUGAUUAAUGUGUACUGUCCCCGUGCGGAUCCUGAGAUGGAGGACCGUCACCAUUACAAGUUGCGUUUCUAUCAACUGUUGGAAGCGAGGGCACAGGCUCUGCUGCAGGAUGGAGGGAAUGUGAUUGUCCUGGGAGAUCUGAACACUGCACACAGGCCCAUCGACCACUGUCAACCAGGCGAUCUGAAUCAAUUCAGUGAGUAUCCCGAUCGAGUGUGGAUGGACAGGUUCCUGUUUUGUGCCUCUGAUCAGUCGCAAUUAGAUGAAAUCAAUCAAAAUUCUGACAGCCAACCAGGACUGGACAUGAGAGAGAAGAGCGGGAAUGGGCUUUUUGUGGAUGCGUUCCGUUUCUUCCAUCCAACAGAGAAAGAAGCAUAUACCUGUUGGCGAACAAGUACAGGAGCUCGCAAAACAAACUAUGGGACAAGGAUUGAUUACAUCUUCGUGAACAAAUCCCUGGCAGAAACUGAAUUAGAGAACUGCAUCCUGAUGCCGGAGAUUGAAGGAUCAGAUCAUUGCCCAGUCAAAGUGUUUUUAAAGAGCCACUGUGUCCCAGCCACUAAAUGUCCUCCACUUUGCACCAAAUACAUGCCAGAAUUCGCUGGUCAACAACAAAAACUUUCCAAAUUCCUGGUAAAUAUUCAGGAAAAUCAAAGCAGAUUGGAUUUCCAGAAUUAUGCAGAAACUAAUCAGAAUUCUAAGUUGUAUCCCCAGACAAAAAAAGUAAAACUGGAUCAAAAACAAAUGGGAAAAGGUUUAAUGAGAAAGAAAGGAAAAAAUGGUCGAGGCAAUUCUCAUCUCUCAAGAAAUUUAUUGCAGUUUUUCAAACCAGCUGACACUAAUUCAGCUUCCGAGUUUAAAACAUGUGAUGACGUGGGUCUCUUUAAUAAAACAGCUCCCACUGUCACUGGGCAACAGCAAGCUGAUAGCAAGGAAAUUAAACAGGACAUCCAGAUAGAGAAUCCACAAAGUUCAUCACAAGCUGCUUUUUGGAAGUCAUUACUGAAAGGACAGCCUCCUCCCCCAAACUGUUCUGGGCAUCGCGAACCAUGUCUGCUACGAGUUGUCAGGAAACCUGGGCCUAAUCAAGGCAGACAGUUCUAUAUCUGUCCACGCCCUGAAGGGUCUGUAUCAAAUCCUGAAUCGAGAUGUAACUUUUUCCGCUGGGUGAACACAAGAAACUGAAUGCAAUAACAUGGAGAGCAGGCUGGUAGAGUCAAGCAGUGGGGAAGAAAUGGAGGCACUGGGAGAGAGUGGAGGAGGAAGAGAAGUACUGACACAGGUGAGGGAGAUGUUGGGGAUAGGAGUGACUGGGAAAGAGAGGGAAAGUGACAGAAAGAGAAAUGAAGCUGGGGAGGGAGGGGUAGCAAAAUGGGGACCAUAGGAAGAGUGGGUUG